GAUCGAAAUGGAAAUGCAAUGUCAAGUCAUUACCAGCAGCAGGGAAGAUCUCAUAGGGGUGGCCAGCUCCCUGUGUUUGUUCCAAGUGAUGUUCAGCAAAACCAGUCUCAUAGGGGGAACUGAAUUGUUUUUCCAGGAGCUUGAAUAGAGAGCUUUGAGAAAUGGCAGGAGGUGCCACCCCUGGAGCAAGAGAGCUCGAUCAGACGCCGACAUGGGCUGUCUCUGCAGUUUGUGCAGGAAUCAUUGUGAUCUCUAUCAUCCUAGAGAAAGUUCUUCAUCUUAUUGGGGAGUUCUUUCAAGAAAGGAAGAAAAAAGCUCUCUUUGAAGCUCUUGAGAAAGUUAAAAAUGAGCUUAUGGUUUUAGGGUUCAUAUCCCUUCUUCUGACAUUCGGACAAAACUACAUUUCCAAAUUCUGCGUUCCUGCAAGAUUUGCAGAUACUAUGUUGCCGUGCCCUGUGGGAGGAAAUGAGCAUUAUAUGAAAACACAUGGUCUGGCCACCGAUCCAGGUCAUCAACCUUCCAGUACUGCAGUCCAUGAACCGGGAGCCUCCCACCAACUGCCUGCUACUAAAGUGCAUGAACCUGGCAAUGUAUCUUCUGGGGGCAAAGAGGAACAUCAUCGUAGGCUUUUAUGGUUCGAACGUAGAUUUUUGGCUGGUGGUGCUCCAUCUGUGGGCUGCAAGGAGGGGUACUUGCCGCUUAUUUCAGUGAACGGAUUGCAUCAGUUGCACAUUUUCAUAUUCUUUUUGGCCGUGUUUCAUGUGAUAUACAGUUGCAUAACAAUGGCUCUUGGAAAACUAAAGAUUCGUGGAUGGAAGGACUGGGAAAAAGAGACCGUUAGAGACCAUGAAAUGAUGAAUGAUACUGCAAGAUUCAGGCUUACUCAUGAGACUUCAUUUGUAAAAGGUCACAACAGUUUCUGGACGAAAACACCGUUGCUGUUUUAUAUUGUAUGCUUCUUUCGGCAAUUCUCCAGGUCUGUUCGAAGGGCUGAUUAUUUAACAAUGCGACAUGGAUUCAUUUCUGUUCACUUGGCACCUGGAAGUAAGUUUGAUUUCCAAAAAUAUAUUAAGAGGUCAUUGGAAGACGAUUUCAAAGUUGUCGUUGGAAUCAAUCCACUAUUAUGGGCAUCUGUGGUCUUAUUUCUGCUCGUUAACGUUGAUGGGUGGCAGGCAAUGCUCUGGAUAUCGAUACUUCCUCUAGUGGUAACUUUAGCAGUUGGGACAAAGCUCCAAGCUAUUAUAGCACAAAUGGCACUUGAAAUCCAAGAAAAACAUGCUGUCAUCCAAGGCAUACCUCUCGUUCAAGUCUCUGACCGAAAUUUUUGGUUCAGUUGGCCUCCAUUAGUCCUUUAUCUCAUCCACUUUGUCCUCUUUCAGAAUGCAUUCGAGAUAACAUAUUUCUUUUGGAUAUGGUAUGAGUUUGGAUUGAAAUCCUGCUUUCACUCCAAUUUCAGUUUUGUGAUUGUUAGAGUUUGUCUAGGGAUUGGAGCUCAAUUUCUAUGCAGCUACAGCACACUUCCUCUAUAUGCCCUUGUCACUCAGAUGGGAUCAACCAUGAAGAGGUCAGUUUUUGAUGAACAAACAUCUAAGGCCUUAAAGCAAUGGCAUCAAAAGGCUGUGAAGAAAAAGACUGAAGAAGGUGCAGAAAUGCGCACUAGGGUUCUUGGUGGAAGCCCUGGCGACUCACCGAUGAAUUCUCCAUCGAAUCAUAGGCAUCCAAAUUCAGUUAAUAUUGGUCUUGAACUGUCUGAUAUUGAUGCACAUACAACAUCACCUCAUCGGACAGCAAACAUUGUUGCUAGUGUGGAUCAUCUUCAUGGGGAUCAACAGCGCCAGCGCAAUGAUAACAAUGGAUUCUCAGACCUAUUAACUGGACCUUGAUUCAUUUAGUAUCACAAUUUUUUUUUUAUAGUUUCAUACUUUGGUGAAGCACAAGGUCAAAUGAUCUGUGUUGUAAUAUAUUAUUGGGCUAGCUUUUCUUAUAGUUUUAUAGGGAUUUAAAGAUUGACUGAUAA